AUGUCACCUCCGCCAGGUGGAGCAUCCUUUUCCAUGUAUGGUGGUGACACGCCUGGUGCCACAACACCUGGAGCGUACACUCCAAUAGGCUUCACUCCCACUGGAUACACACCAGGCAGCUACACGCCUGGUGGCCCAAUCAGAAGGGCGAAUUCGGGCUAUGCGCUGGAUGCAUCAACUCCAAAGCUGUCAUCAGGCACGCCAAGAAAAUUUGGUGCACCUGCGGCAUCACCAACAUCUAGAAGGAGGACUGAGUCAAAGAAGCCGUCCACCAGGAUCGAUCCUGAGCAGGUCCCGAGACCUGUUGGACAGCCAGAGGCCAUCAAGGAGGAGGGUGGCAAGGUCUAUGAAACAAACAAGUACCACGUGCCGCCAGCAGCAACAGCGGUGUGUACCAUCAUUGACAGAGGAUCCGCAUCUUGCGAAUUUAUUCGCUCAACUGUCAACCAGGUGCCCGCCUUCCCGUCUACUGCAAACACAGCUCAUGUCCCCAUGGCAGUAAUUUGCCAGCCUUUUGCCGAACUUACUUCCUAUGAGGCAGACAUUCCCUGCGUUGACCUUGGAGAGCCAGGUCCUUUCCGGUGCAAUCGGUGCAAAGCAUACGUGAACCCUUUUUUCACCUGGCACAACCAUGGCAAAGAGGCCACCUGUAAUUUCUGCAACCAGCGUUUGGAGGUUCCUCAAGAAUACAUGGUCGGGCUUGAUGACAAGGGCCAGAGGAGAGACAAGGACGAAAGGCCAGAGCUCAAUCGCGGCACAGUUGACUACAUUGCUCCCACGGACUACUCCGAUGCUCUGCCUGUGGUUCCUGCGACAAUUUUUGUGAUCGAAGCGACGCAAAGAUCUCUGCAGUGCGGGCUGCUGCCGCAGGUUAUGUGGACGCUGCGGUCCUUGCUGGGCUUCAUGGAGCAGCCAUCUUCCAAGAUUGGUAUUCUCCUGUUUGACCAUGCCUUGCACUUUUUUGCAUUUUACCCUGGAUUGGACUGCGCACGUCAGAUUACCGUUUCUGACACAGAGGAUCCCUUUGCUCCCUGCGGUGCAGACGCUUUGCUUGUAGAUGCAGAGGAUCCUGCGUAUCGGAAUCAGAUUGAUACUCUUCUCGAUGAGUUGCCUGGUUUGCUUUGUGCAGAGGGCCUGGCAGAACAGGCUGCGGGGUGUGCUGCCCUAAAAGCUGCAACCGAAUUAGUGGGAAGUCGUGGUGGAGGACAUGUUGUCAUGUUCCAUGCCAGUUUGCCGAACUCCGGAAUCGGAGCCUUGCGGCAUAGAGACGAUAUCAAGCUAGCCGCCGAGCCAGAAGGCGGCGGUCUUUUCAAUGUGCAGCAACCGACCUUCAUUGAGGAAAUUGGCAAUGAUUGUCUAGCUCGUGGGGUUGCGGUGAGUGUGUUUUGUGCUCCGGCGACGGGAAUCUACAUUGAUAUGGCCACUCUGAGUAGAAUUCCAAGGAGAACAGGUGGCGAAAUAUGUUUCUACCCUGGAUUUGAUCCAAGCCGAGAUGGCGAAAGACUUCAUUACGAUUUGUCCAGGACCGUAGUGCAGUCGUCUGUGUACAGCGUCAUGUUCAAAUUGCGGGUGAGCAAGGGGCUCGCCGUCGACAGUAUGCAUGCCACCUGGGAUCCAGAGGUAAUUGAUCCUAGCACCUUUGCUGUCUCCAGAAUGUCAGUGGAUGCGACGGUAGACUUCUCCUUGGUUCAUGGGGAGAGGAUUGAGGGGCAGAAGAAUGCAUUCAUGCAGGUUGCUUGCCUCUAUACCAGCAAAAAAGGCAAAAGACUGAUCCGUGUGCACACGCUGCAGCUUCCUGUGACCUCAUCGUUGAGCAAUGUCUUCCGAUACACAGAGAUCGACUCUGUCACCAACCUGCUCCUGAAACAGGCAGCAGAUUCCGCUCUCAGCGGGAAUGGCAGUUUCAAAGACAAGCUUACAAAAGCAUGUGUGGAUAUGCUGCACGCCUACCGGUCCAACUGUGCCUCAAUGACAUCGGCCGGUCAGCUGAUUCUACCAGAAUCGCUUAAGCUAUUGCCCCUGUACAUCGGCUCCAUUCGGAAGUUUCCUGCUUUCCGAGCAGGUUUAGAUAUCAAAGUGGAUGACAGGAUAGUCUCUCUCAUCAGAUCUCUGGGCCUGCCGAUCGGCCUGACAUCACCAUUGGUAUAUCCACGCGUCUACACAAUGCAUCCACUGUCUGAGAGAGCUGGAAUACCCACUGGAAUUGGGGACAAUGUUUUUAUGCCUCCAACGGUUGCUGGCUCCAGCGACAAACUGGCAGCGGAUCGAAUCUAUUUGAUAGACAAUGGUAUCAGCCUUCGGCUGUAUGUCAGACCGGAAGUUGACCAAGAGAUCCUCUACCAACUGUUUGGAGCUGAAACAUUGCAAGACGUUGCGGUGAUUCUGUCAGCGCCAGAGGAUUAUGCAGACUCUCUCAGUGAGGAGGCAGAGCGCAUGUUGGCAUGCGUACAACAGAUUCGUCGAGAAAGGUGGAGGCUUCCUUGGCAAUCAUUUUGCGUGGUGCUUCCGGGUACUCCAGAGGAGUCACGCGUUCUAGCAUCACUAGCAGAAGAUCGAGCUGGAGCAGAGUCCGCUUAU